AUGCCUGGCACCAUCAGCUUUCUGAAACAGUCUUUUCCGGGUGCUCCCACCUUUACGGAAAAAGAUGUUCCUGACCUACAAGGAAAAACUAUUAUUGUCACUGGCUCCAAUACUGGCCUCGGUAAAGAAAUUGCCCAGAUCGUCUAUUCCAAGAACGCCAAGGUAUACAUGAUGGCACGAUCCGAGGAAAAGACCAACAAAGCCAUCGACAGCAUCAAGGCCGCCGUCCCAAGCUCAAGGGGCGAACUUCUCUACUUGAAGCUUGACCUCUCUGACAUCCCCAGUGCCAAAGCUUCCGCAGAGGAAUUUUUGCGUCGAGAGCAGAACCUCCAUCUACUUUUUAACAAUGCUGGUGUUGGGUAUCCAGAGAAGGGUAGUAAAUCUAAGCAGGGCUACGAGCUUCAGCUGGGCGUAAACUGCCUUGGAACCUUUACCUUCACAAAAGCCCUGACAACUUCCCUCAUAUCAGCCGCUAAAACUGCGCCAGUUAACUCUGUUCGUGUCAUAUGGGUUUCAUCUUCAGCAGCUGAGGCUGUUUCGACCAAAGAUUAUAUUGAAAACUUAUCCCAGGUGGAAAAGCUGGGAGCUUUUGAACAAUACUGUGUCAGCAAGCUAGGAAAUUACUGGCAUGCCGCAGAGUUUGCUGCCCGCUACAAGGAUAAUGGAAUAAUCUCCAUUCCUUUGAACCCUGGUAACCUCGAUUCAGACUUUUGGCGCACUCAAGGUGCCCUCAUGACAUGUAUCUUGAGAAAGACACUUUUAUACCCUCCGAUUUAUGGUGCUUAUACAAAUCUCUUUGCUGCUUUCUCCCCUGAAGUCACUAUCGAGAGAUCGGGCACUUUUGUCGCACCGUGGGGUAAGUUCUGGAAUGUCUCUAGGGAGAUGAUUGACGGUACGAGACCAAAGUCUCAAGGAGGCUCUGGCAUUGCAGCCAGCUUCUGGGAGUGGACCGAGGCUCAGGUUGAGCGCUACAUCAGGUGA